GCGAGUUAGUAUGUGUUGAUUGUUAUUUUAAGAUUAUUUAUAAUCUGAGUGUAGGAAGAUUUUUAAUUUAACAAAUUAAUAAUUCAUACAUGUUAUUUGGUUUUUACAUUCAUAUGCCAUGAAUUCAUUUGAUUCGAUUGAAUUUACUCAAUGUGUUUCUAAACUUUCCGAUGAAGAUCGCAAUUGUACUGCUAUUGAUGAAACUACCGGGGAAUUUUGCGGUGAAACUGAGACUUUAAAAAUUAUCGAUGAAUUUCAAAAAUUGUAUGAGACACGUAUUGAAAAUGUUGAUCGCGAAUUUGAAAAUAAAUUUGAUCAAGUUUGUAUGAAAUUAGAAAUUUCAAAGGAAUGGAUUAAAAAUUUAAAAGAACAAAACAUUAUGCUAGUACAAGUAGUAGAGGAUUUAGAACAAGCUGCUUGUAACAGAGUUAAAUUAUUAGAAGAAAAAUUGAAACAUUCAUCAAUGUUAGUUUCUGGAAAUAUGAAAAAGUCAACGAAUACAGAAAAGACUAUAAGUACACUUUUAAAUCGUGUAAGUAAUUUAGAAAAAGAUGAAGAAUGUAUGCAACAAAAAAUUGAAUUUCUUCAAAGUGAUAUUAGAGGAUUAUUAGAAUUAAUACGGCGUGCUGCACAAGAAAAUCAUUGGACUUUGGAUGAUAUAAAAUUUUUUGAAAUUCAACCUAGUGAUAUACCUGUUCCUACUAAUUGUACCUGUGAUCAGGAAGAUAUAAGUCACAAAAAAGUACAAUCUUUAAAAUUGCAAAUAAAAAAUUUUGAAGAAAAUGAAAAAAAAAUGAUUGUACACCAAAAAGAAUUAGAGGAUAAAUUAAUUGAUCUUAAUGCAAAAUUACAAAUAAAGGAAGAUACCAUUAAAACAUAUGCUUUUCAGUUUCAAAAUCUUAGUGAUAAUCUUAGAAGACGUGUUAAAUUUACAGAUCAAAUUGCAUGCAGUACAUUUAUAGAAAAUAAUCAAGAAACUUUUGAUGAUAUUAAAAAUCCAAGGAAUUCUAUAAAUCAACAGAAUCAAAUUGUAUCAUAUUUGAAUAAAGUAAAAUCAUUGAUGGAACAAGAAAAGGAAGAUCUUUCUAAAUUAAAAGUAGAACUGGAAAAAACUGUUGAAAAAUUAUGCUGUGAGAAAAAUGAAGAAUAUAAAAUUAAUAAUGAAUCUAAUAUGGAUAACAUAAAAUAUAAAUUAGCUAGAAAUAUUGAGUAUGUAAACAAAAUAUACUCAAAAAAGGAUGAAUUAAUUGGAAUAAUUAAUUCUUUACUUCAAGUAGAAAAUGAUAAUCUUUUUCAUACAGAAAAUUUAAAUUUAUUACCAAAUACAGAUAUUAAUCAAUUUAAGUUAAUGGAUAUAUUUAGAGAAUGUGCUGUUGAAGCACAAAUUACUAUGGAAGAUAUCAAAGAUGAAAUAAAUAUGAUUGUUUCUUCCUUUAAAUGUAGACAUCAAAAGUAUAUCGAUUUAAAUAAAGAAGUUUUGAAUGUACAAAAUCAGUUAAUAAAAUGUCGAGAAAAAAUAGCAAAUGUGAUUAAUAAAUUACAAUUACAAGAAGAAGAAAGAGUAAGACAUAAUGAUAGAAUUAUUUCAGGAGAGAAUAAAUUGAAAGAUAUAAAAAAUGAAAUAAAUAUUACUCAAUCUCAAUUAUGUCAUGUCAAUGAAAUGCAGUCUAAUGAAAAUAUGUCAUAUUGUGUAGAAGACAUAUCUAACUGUACAAAUAUAUCUAAUUAUGACUUGUUAUGUUCAAUAAUUGAAGAAAUAGAACAAACAUCAUCUAGUUUGCAAAUAUUUCAAGUUCAAGGGUGUUGUAUAGUAAAAGAUCUUGAGAAGUUGAAGAAUCAAUUUUGUGAAGUAGAUUUAUCCACAAAAAAAUUACAUGACAAAAUAGAUGAAACAUUGACAGAACAUGAUAUAGUAGAAAUAACACUAUCACAAAAAGAACAAAAAUUACAAAAAUUAGAAGAAGAAGUUGAUACAAUUCAUUUAAAAGUACAAGAUGUAUUAGAAACAUUUUUUUCUUCAAAAGAACAUAUUUUACAUGAAGUGUUACAAACUAAACAAAGUGUGAACAAAUUAAGAAAAGAAUAUGAUGAUUUAAAGUAUAAACUAUCGCAAAAAUCACUUAAUUCAGAAUGCGAUAAAAAAACAUGUUUAUGGAAAUAUAGAGUAACUGAUUUACAAGAUCAAGUUAAAAUAUUACAACAUGAGGCUAAAUGCAAUGAAGAAGCAAAUAAUUUUUUAAGAAAUAAUAUUCAAUCAUUAGAAGAAGAGCUUCAUAUAAUACAUGGAAAAGCAGACAAUUAUAGACGAUCUCAUUCUAUAAAUAACAUGAAAUUAAAAAAAAAAAUCAUAGAAUUAGAAAAUACUCUUAAAUUUCAAAAAGAAAUUGAAUGUACUCUUAGACGUGAAUUGAAUGAUAUCGAAAUUGAAUUAAAAAAAUCUAAGGAAUUAUUAAAUUCUUCUCACAAUGAAUAUAAUAUGGAAGAAACUUUGUUGCAAUGUAGCUGUUAUCAAUUUAGACAUGAUACAAUGACAGCACAUCAAUUAUUUAAAAAAUUAAAAAAUAGCAUAAAAUGUACAAAAAUUGGUCUUCAAGAACUUAAAACAGAACUUAAAAAAUUGAUUUGUGAAGAUUCUAAUUGUUGUUCCUCUGCAAGAUCAUUAAUGAAUUUAUUGGAAAUAUUACAAAAACAUGAAAGUGAAUUAGACAAUUGCUUUCAAGAAAUUGAAGAACUCAAAAAUGCAUUAUAUUCCAAAGAUAAACUUAUAGAAAAUAUGAAGGAAAUUAUUGAUAUUCAAAAAGAUUCCAUUGUAAUGACACAAACUGAAUUGAAAGAACUUCACCAAAAGUAUCAGGAAAAGAUCGAUAAUCAAAAUCAAAUAAUUUCUCAAUAUGAGAAGGAAAAGAAAGAUUUAUCAAAACAGAAUGAACUUCAAAUUCAAACUAUUGGUCACUUACAAAAUGCUGUAGUGGAAGCUAAAAAAUGUAUAGAUCAAAUGGGAAAUAGAACAUCUGAAGGAAAAAUUGAAACUAUUCGCUUAUUGAUGAUAUAUGUAGAAGAAAUUCAAAGUCAAUAUAAUGAAUGUUUUGCAGAGGCAGCUAAACAGGACAAAUUGUUAGAGCUUCAACGAAAUGCAAUUCAGGAUCUUCAACAAAAAAUUAUUUCCAUGGGAUACAAUAAUUUCUUAGCUAUUAAUUUUAUUCAUAUUACACAUUAUUUCAUUUUAAAAACAAUACAGGAACAACUGGAAAUUCGUGUAAAUGAUAUUCAAUCUCUGAAAAAUGAGAUAGAUACUCUGAUACAGUCAAAAUGCUAUUUGGAAAAUAAGUAUUUAAAUACAAAAAAACUAUGGCAAGAAGCAGAAGAAAAAUUACAAGAAUUAAGAAAAGAAACAUUAAAAACUGAAUAUAAAAUAAAGAUUGGAGAAGAUAAAGAAUGUCAAUACAAAAUAGAAGUUAAAGAUAAAAGCUGUAUUACUCAAAAUAUAUUUGAUUAUGAAAAUAUAACAUAUGAUAAUAGGAAACAAUGUACAAAUUAUUCAUAUGAACAUGAUUUACAAACAGAAAUUGAAAUUUUAAUUAGAGAAAAUGAAGAUAUGAAAAAGCAACUACAAAAAUAUAAAUUAGAUUUUGACAUAAUUGAUAAAGAAUUGAAAACAGAAAGAGAAAACGAUAUUUAUAUUCAACAGAUUUCAUUUGAAUUACAGAAAUUAAGAGAUACAGAGUGUUGUUUACAAUAUGAAAAUGAACAACUUAAAUCUGAUUUAAAAAAACAAACAAAAAAUACAGAAGAUUUAUUGGAAAAGUUACAGUCUACUCAAGAAAAUAGCACGAAAUUUGAAAAAUUAUUAAAAAAAUUAGAAGACAAACAAAUACAGAUUAAUGAUUUAUGCAGUCAAAUUUCGAAUAAUGAAAUUGUUAUAAAAAAACAAACAGAAAUUAUUGAAGAAUUUGAAAAAAAACUAGAUGUAAAGAACCAACAAAUCAAAGCAUAUUUAUCUGAAUUAAAUGAAGCAGAAGAAGAAAUGUCAACUUUACAUGAAAGAAUACAAUCUCUAAAAACAAUGUUAAAAGAAAAAUCAGAUAAUAUGGCUAAACUUCAAGCAGAUUAUGAAGUGAUAAAGAAUGAUAAUUCUAUAUUAAAAAUGGAGAAUAGCAACUUUGAGGAUAAAACCAAAGAAGAUAUUUGCCAAUUAAAAAUCAUGUUAAAAGACCUUCAAAUGCAAUUAUGCUUUACUGAAAAUAACUAUUGUAGAGUUACUGAAGACUUUAAUAAAGCACAAGAACAAUUAAUCAUAAUGACAAAACGGGAAGCUGAUUUACAAGAAUGUUUAACAAAUAUGGAAAGAGAUUAUUGUUUAAAAUUAUCAAGUAUAGAAAAAGAAAAAGUUAUGCUUGGAAAUUGUUUAGAUAAGCUCAGAGAUGAAUUAGAAGAAAUUCAAACAAGUUAUUCAUCAAAAAGUACUGAACAUUGCAAUCUGCAAGAUAUUUGCAAGUCUUAUGUAGAACAAUUAGAAAUUUUACAACAACAGAUUGAAAAAGAAAGAGAAAAAUUUAAACAAAUAGAAGAAUCAAAUCGCUGUAUAAUACAGCAAUUACAAGAAUACAAAGAACAAAAUAAUGAUCUUGUUAAAGAAAAAUCUAUAAUAGAACAAAAUAAUUGUGAAAUUAUUUCAGAAUUACGAGAGACGCACAAAUCCUUAUUGGAAUUAAAAAGAGAAUGUCAACUGAAAAAUAAGUCUUUGGCUUGUAUAUCAGCAGAAUUAACAGAAACAGCAAUGAGUAGAUCAGAACUUUGUAAUCAAUCGCAAUAUGUUGUUUCUUGUAUACGUAUUUGGAUGGAAGAACAACGAGAAUAUGUAAACAAACUUAGUGCAAAAUUAAAAUCUCAACAACAGGAAUUAGUACAAAUUGGAUUUGAGAAAAAAGUAUUAAUAGAUGAAACAAAGCGGUUAAGACAUAUCAAUCAUGUAUUAAUGCAAAGAUUAAAAAGAGUAUAUCGAUAUAGUAAUAAGAAUGUUAGAAAUGUUUGUGUAGGAUGUCAAAUAUUACCAAAAAAUAUUGAUACACGUUUUCCUGUAAACUCCAAAUAUUUAUCAUCACAGAAGAAACUAAAUUUCAUGAAGGCAACACGACGUAUUUCAGUGUGCAAUAAUGGUUGGUUGUUUCCUAAAAUGAAAUAUUUAGUAAAUGAAUUACAAAAAAAUAAUAUAGAAUGUAGUGAAAACUGUUUUAACAGGAUGAAUACAGAUGUAAGAUUAGAAGAAAAUCAUGAUUGCGGUUAUCAAUCAUCUACGAGUAAAUGAUAUGUAGAAUUGCUAUUGUCUAUUAGAAUGAAAAAGAACUGUAUUUUGUAAUACACAUACAAAUGAUUAAAUUAUUAA